UUAUUUAUAUAGAUUAUGUGUGGUGAUACUGUAUCAUUCACUUGUCACUAUUUAUUUUUUAAUUUUCAGCUGAUACAUCUGGAAGUGAAGCCGGCAAUCAAGAAGCAGAUAAUCCGUGAGUUGAAGGUUCUUCAUGAAUGCAACUUUGCACACAUCGUCGGAUUCUAUGGAGCAUUUUACAGCGAUGGUGAGAUCAGUAUCUGCAUGGAAUAUAUGGACGGAGGAUCGCUCGAUUUGAUUUUGAAAAAAGCUGGAAAAAUCCCGGAAUCCAUACUGGGCACUAUUACACUGGCGGUGUUGAAAGGCCUGAACUACUUGCGCGAGAAGCAUGCCAUCAUGCACCGUGACGUCAAGCCGAGCAACAUUCUUGUGAACAGUGGUGGGGAGAUCAAGAUUUGCGACUUUGGCGUUUCGGGCCAACUCAUCGACUCUAUGGCCAACUCGUUCGUCGGCACCAGAUCGUACAUGUCUCCCGAACGCUUACAGGGUACUCACUAUUCGGUGCAGAGCGACAUCUGGUCGCUUGGUCUGUCUCUGGUAGAGAUGGCGAUUGGCAUGUACCCAAUCCCUCCUCCCGACGCCAUUACCCUGGCCGCCAUCUUUGCUCCGGAAGGGGGUGCCGCCCCACCUCCCUCUGCACCAGCUCCAGCCAACGACGACAGCCAAGCCUCGUCGAAUGGACCCCGGCCGAUGGCAAUCUUUGAAUUGCUCGACUACAUUGUGAACGAACCGCCACCCAAGCUGCCAGCUGGCGUUUUCUCCGAUGAAUUCAAGGACUUUGUCGACCAUUGCUUGAAGAAGAACCCCAGUGAACGAGCUGAUCUCAAAAUGUUAUUGAACCAUGCAUGGAUGAAGCGUGCUGAGACCGAAGAGGUGGACAUUGCCGGCUGGGUGUGCCGCACAAUGGGUCUCACCCCCACCACACCCACCCGGCAGCAGGCUGCCGCCCCUCCACCCUCAUGAAGACUCACCCCGCUUCAGCAGCUGAUCUUCUUCAUUGACAACACUGCUAAUCUCUGGUCCGACCCGGAGGACCAUCACUAGACCAUCACCACCGUACACUACAUGCCAACAAGUUCUUCAUCCAAGUUCUGGACAUCUAUGGAAUCGUAUCCGAUAUAUGUUACAUAUUACUCAAUAUAAUAUACGCAGUAUUGUAGAUUAAAUGCAAUGAAGAUGAAAUGAAGCUCUAUAAAUAUGGUUAUCUGCGACCUGAAUGACUAAAAAUUGAGAAGAUAAAGAUGCUGAAGAGAAAAAUUGAGAGAGAGAGAUAAUUGAUAAUUGCACAAUUACUGGCCAAAGCUGUAGGAGCAUCUGUCGAUGCUGAAGAGAGAAAUUGGGAGAGAGUGAGAGAGAUUGAUUGAUAAUUGCAUAAUUAUUGGCCAAAGCUGUAGGAGCAUCUGUCGAUGCUGGAGAGAGAAAUUGGGAGAGAGUGAGAGAGAUAAUUGAUAAUUGCACAAUUAUUGGCCAAAGCUGUAGGAGCAUCUGUCGAUGCUGAAGAGAGAAAUUGGGAGAGAGAGAGAGAGAGAGAUAUGCUGAAGAUAGAAAUUGAGUAAGUGAGAGAGAGAUAAUUGAUAAUUGCAUAAUUAUUGGCCAAAGCUAUUGAGGAGCAUCUAUCGAUGCCUAACUUUUUAAGGUGAGUUUUCACAUAUCAGUAUUAAGUGUCAGUGAAAAUAUCACUUCAGUGUCAGUCACAGGUUCAGUGAAAAUGUUAUUACCUAAUAGGACUAUUCCCUCUUAUCCCUGGUAUGAAAUGUCCCAUUAACACUUAUGGUAAUAAUAUUUUAAAAAUUAUUAUUAAACGAAAAUCCAAUCUAAAUGCUGUAAUUCACCCCGAAGACUUCUGCUACUGCAAAUAUUGACAACAGGGUAAACAGCUAGAUU